UCUCGGCGCGCCCGCCGCCCGCUAUCCCUUCCUCUCGCGGCUCGGGCGUAGAAGCAGCGCGGUGGUGCGGUUUAAUCUACCGGUUCUGGCUCUCGCGCGGUUGCCUGCUGUAGAUCUCCGCGUUCGUCUAGACAGAUCCUCGAGCUUCUGGAUAAAUUAGGCAGCGCAGCUUCGUUCGUGGAGCGGGACCCGCUGGGAUUCCUGCUGGGAGAGUGUGUUGAGGGACUUGAGGGUUGAUGGUUCAGGUGUGCCGGGUUCCUGCGGGUCGGCAGCUUGUGAAACUUGGGGUGUGGUGUUGGAACAGUUCUGUGGAAGUGUACUUCAGAUUCCCAGAGGGACGGUUGCACCUGUAUAGGGCCCGCCCUCGUUCGGGUAUUGAACUUGUUCUAGGUGUUCGGGUAUUGAGCUUACUUAGUGGUUUGCAGUCACAUAGUGACAGUGUCUCAAGUCAUGGCAUACUUUACAUUUUUGGCCGUGUUAGAAACUUAGGGUAUGAAUAAAAAAUGGCAUGCGAGUUCGUCUAGUAGCUAACUAGUUCCUAGUUAGGUUUUUGCAUGAAGAUUUGCAAUGUCUUAGCUGCUGACAAGUGCCUCGUCAUGUAUACCUGUUGGACAUGUUACCACAGAAUUCGCUUAUUGUUGUGUGUACAAUUUGCUGUGCUAGUUUGGCUCUAUGUCUUGUGCAGGUUGUCUUGUUUCAACCUUGCAAAAAAUAUGAAUGUUCUGGAUUUUUCUGGGAGUAGAGGUGGUUUGCGAUAUCCUACGCAAGAAAAUCAUGUUGGCUUGCGCAUGUUCUAGGUGUUGGACAGUUUGUGCUUCAGAUGGCUGGGACGCUGCUCAAUUCCUGUUUUAUGGCUCCGCUGUUAUGGACCGUGCUGUUGCUGGUGGUCUCACCAGGCAAUGCAUUCUACUUGCCAGGCAGCUACAUGCACACAUACUCCCAAGGCGAGUCGAUAUCUGCCAAGGUGAACUCGCUCACGUCCAUUGAGACGGAGAUGCCUUUCAACUACUACAGCCUGCCGUACUGCCGUCCCAAGGGUGGCAUCAAGAAGAGCGCUGAGAAUCUGGGUGAGCUGCUGAUGGGCGAUCAGAUCGACAACUCGCCCUACGAGUUCCGUGUCAAUGUUAAUGAGUCCCUCUUCCUCUGCACCACAAAAGGGCUUAAUGAGAAUGAUGCAAAGCUCCUUAAGCAGCGCGCCCGCGAUCUUUACCAGGUCAACAUGAUGCUUGACAAUCUGCCUGUCAUGCGUUUCACUGAGCAGAAUGGUGUCACGGUACAGUGGACUGGCUUCCCUGUUGGUUACUCUCCAGCUGGUAGCUCAGAGGAUUAUAUCAUCAACCAUUUGAAGUUUAAGGUCUUGGUCCAUGAGUAUGAGGGCAGCAAUGUGGAAAUCAUUGGUACUGGAGAAGAAGGAUCUGGUGUCAUCUCAGAGAUAGACAAGAAGGGGAUGUCUGGGUAUCAGAUUGUUGGAUUUCAGGUUGUGCCUUGCAGUGUGAAACGUAAUGCUGAGGAUUUCUCUAAGCUUAACAUGUACGACAGCAUUGACCCAGUGGACUGCCCUGUGGAGCUUAAGAAGGCCCAAGUGAUCAGGCAACAAGAGAGGAUUACAUUCACUUAUGACGUCGAGUUUGUGAAGAGUGAUAUCAGGUGGCCAUCUAGGUGGGAUGCUUAUCUGAAGAUGGAGGCUGGGUCUAAGGUCCACUGGUUCUCGAUAAUGAACUCCCUCAUGGUGAUCUUGUUCUUGGCUGGAAUCGUCUUUGUUAUAUUCCUCAGAACUGUCAGACGGGACCUGACCAGAUAUGAAGAGCUUGACAAGGAAGCACAAGCACAGAUGAAUGAGGAACUAUCUGGGUGGAAGCUUGUAGUUGGAGAUGUAUUCAGAGAGCCAACUUGCUCCGAGCUGUUAUGCAUAAUGAUUGGUGAUGGGGUUCAGAUUUUGGGCAUGGCAAUCGUAACAAUCGUUUUUGCUACACUUGGGUUCAUGUCUCCAGCCUCAAGAGGAAUGCUGCUUACUGGGAUGAUUGUUCUCUAUCUUUUUCUUGGUAUUGCAGCUGGGUAUGUCAGUGUUCGGUUAUGGAGGACUAUUAAGGGCACAUCUGCAGGUUGGAGAUCAGUGUCCUGGUUGACUGCCUGCUUUUUCCCUGGUGUCAUGUUCACAGUCCUGACUGUCUUAAACUUUGUGUUGUGGAAAAGCGAGAGCACUGGGGCUUUACCUAUCUCACUAUUUUUCACCCUUUUGGCUCUAUGGUUCUGCAUUUCUGUACCAUUGACUCUUGUUGGUGGCUUUCUCGGUACAAGAGCGGAGCAAAUAGAAUUCCCUGUUAGAACCAAUCAGAUCCCUAGAGAGAUCCCUGCAAGGAAGUAUCCAUCAUGGCUUCUUGUCCUUGGUGCAGGGACUCUGCCAUUUGGAACCCUGUUUAUUGAGCUCUUCUUCAUUCUAUCGAGCAUCUGGCUUGGAAGGUUUUACUAUGUGUUUGGCUUCCUGCUGAUUGUUCUGCUGCUGCUUGUCGUUGUCUGCGCUGAGGUGUCCGUUGUCCUAACAUACAUGAAUCUCUGUGUGGAGGACUGGAGGUGGUGGUGGAAGGCUUUCUUCGCCUCAGGUUCUGUUGCUCUCUACGUAUUCCUCUACUCCAUCAACUACUUGGUCUUUGACCUCAGAAGCCUGAGCGGACCUGUCUCUGCAAUGCUUUAUGUCGGCUAUUCAUUCCUCAUGGCAUUCGCAAUCAUGCUAGCAACUGGAACCAUUGGCUUUUUGACAUCGUUUGCCUUCGUGCACUACCUCUUCUCAUCAGUAAAGAUUGAUUGAUGUAUUCCACGGACUUCAGAUUCUUACGCAAGUGUGCAUGCCACGCGUUGUUCACACCCUGAGAUAUGCACUGCUUACCAUUUGAGGUGAAUUUUGAUCAACUAGAGAUGUUUCAGUUGCAAGUAGGAGAGCAGUAUCCCUCACGGCCCCACAGAUGCAAUAUCCUUUUCCAGUUCCAGUUGUUCUGAGUUGUAACUGCUACGCUCAAUCUAGAUAUUACAAUCCGGCUUUUUAAGGGUUUAGGGGCAAAUGUGGAAUGAGGAUACGUUUACUGUGUGUUCCACAAAUUGUGGAGUGGAAAUGGCUUGCUUGAUGGCUUGCUGCAUGUUUUGAACAAUUUGUGAAAAUUGCUUAGUACUGUAGCUUGUAAGUGUUUGAUCAAGUUUCAAUACGAUUGAAGUUCUGCUGGUAUUUGCUAUCUUUGUUCA